AUGCCCCCUUCCACGCGGGUCGCUCGUCGGAAGAUAACACACAUCAAGGAUGCUGCGGAGGUCUCCGACCCAAUCAUCGAAGACACCCCUGCCUUCAGAAGCCAGCUGGAGGAUCUGCGUAAGGUCUGCCAGGAACACUGCGCUGCUUACCGUGCACCCAAGAAUACCUGGGAGCUCGGGGACCCUCCACCCCCCAAACUCAAGUCACCCAAGGGUGAGGAAAAGGGCAAGCCCAAGGGAAGAGAUCUGCUGGGACACUACCGUUCCGGCCCGCUCGUUUCUGGGAUCUGGGACCCGAAAAGGCACGGAUGGCCUCCCGCUGGAGUUCAAUUGACAGACGCUUGGAUCUACAACGCCUGCAAAUACCUCUCUACGACUGAGCGUCAUGACAGGUAUCCCGCUGACUUUGACGGUAAUGGCAUGAUACGACAGAGCAGGGUACCCUGUGGCCCUACGUUUGUGAUUGCAGCACAUGGAUUGUAUGCAUAUCCCAUCUUCAAGGGUUAUUACGUUCUAUGCGGGGAGGAAGGGCGUAAGUACUGCACUUGGCUGCUGCAACGCCAACGUGAUGCAAUAAGCAACCAGUUCCACUUUAGAAGAUGUAUUAUUGGGCCAGUGUUGCCAUCCCCCAGCCUUCGCCCGUCUAACGGCUCUGUUAUCAAACUCCAAAGCCACUGCCCGGGGGUUGAUGUGGCCUCUGGUCCUAAGACCCGGCUUCCCAGACCGGAGACGGACAUCUGGACCGUGUUUUUGAAUGAUAUGGUUCUGCAGUACAAGAAACCGGAUACCUACGAGAUUGUGAAACUCGCGUCCUUAAAGCCGCGUCUCACCUGCACAGAGUCUCCGCAGUCAGACAAGCUUGUGAAUCGCCAAGUAGCCGCAGCUACGGCGAGCAACACACCGAACUCAAAAGGCACUACCAACCCAGUGAAGCAGGAGCGCUCCGAUCCUGAUACGAUUUCCACUGCCCCGAAGAAGUCUACAGCGGCGAGUAGCCCUACUGACUUCGUCAGAGAGUGUCGCUCAUCUAGUUCAUCCACUAGACAGACCACGACGACGCCCAGCACCGAACCAUCAUCUGCCACAGGAAAGGGGAAAGUCAAGCGUGGUUAUCCCGAAGACCAGCCAACACCGGCCCGUACGCCUAGCAACCGUGCCUCUGACACUACUCAUUCCCCUGAAGCUGAAUAUGGCGAGGAUCGUAACCGCAAGCGUCGUCGAACUAGUCAGGAUGGACAACUCCUGUCAGGCCUAUACGAGUCCGUCAUGCGGACCAAAUUUCAUUUCGACACUUUUCUCGCGUCUUCCCGGGAGGCGGAAAAACGGCAUGAGGCAUAUCGGAAGGCGAUGGAGCAGAGACAGAAGCAUCAUAACGCCUGUGUGGAGGCGGCCAUUGGGACAUUCAACCACAUCCAGAAUUGUGUAGCAUACCUCCAGGAAGGACUAGGCGGCAGCGAUGCGGAAGGCGAACAAAUUCCUGGUAAGGUUGAUUCCAAUGGCGGAGGAUUGCAGUCUCAAAGGGUGGUAGGUGAUACUGAUGGAGAUGAUACUUCUGAAGUGGAUUCCGGGGAGGAGGAGGAGGAGGAGGCUGGGGCCAAAUGA